AAGUAUGCUAGGGGCUUCUUCGAGGCUAAAUUGCAAACGAUAUUCGAUAAAAGGAAGAUAAGUGAGGUUAUGUUAGCUCUAACAUAGGUUAGGUUAAAAAUGCGAAAAUUUAAUUUUUAUUUUAUUUAUUACAUACAUUAAUACAUUUUGUGGUAAAAAAUCGAAAAAUGAACCGCAAUUGGCUAAAAAUGGCCUUCUUUGAGGCUAAAUUGCAAACGAUAUUCGAUAAAAGAAAGAUAAGUGAGGUUAUGUUAAAUGAUAAUAUAAAUCCCAACAAUAAGUAUUUUUAAUUUUAAAAGUUUAUAAGUCCAUUAUUUUUUGGAACAAUCAUUGAAGUGUAAAGAUAAGAAUAAAUCCAUCAAAUAAAAUUAUCAAAAAGUCUCUUAUUGAAAAUCCAUCGAUAAAGCACAAAAUAAAAAGAUUUAGUUAUCUACACCAUGAUAAAACGAUAAAAUCUACAAAAACACUUUCAAUUAGUUAGCAUUUAGUUACCAACCAAUAUUGCAUCAUGUCUAUAAGACAACUUUCUCCGGAAUUACAAGCGAAAGCAAUCGCUGAAUUAAAUGAAGACCCAAAAAGAAUUCCUGAAGAUAUCAAAUCCAUCAAAGAUUGGCUUUCAAAGCAACCCCAUUUGAAAGCAAGAACAGAUGAUCAAUUUAUUUUAACGUUCCUCCGAGGAUGUAAAUUUAGUUUGGAAAGAACCAAAGAAAAACUUGAAACUUAUUACACAAUGAGAACUCUUUUACCCGAAUUUUUUAAAAACAGGAAUCCUUUUGAUCCGAAAAUGCAAGCAAUUUUAAAAGCGGGAACAUAUCUUCCUUUAAAUGCAGCUAGUGCAGAUUCACCAAAAGGAAUGUUGAUGAGAGCCGAAGGUUGGGAUUUAAACGCUUACACCAUGGUUGAUAUCAUGAAAUUGAACUACAUGAUUAUGGACAUCAUUGUAAAUGAAGAUGAUCACGCCCUUAUAGCCGGAGUGAUUGCUUUGCAAGAUGGAACUGGAAUCGAAAUGAAACAUAUGUUACAAAUGACACCGAGCAUGAUGAAAAAGAGUUCGAUGUUAUUCCAAGAAGCUUAUCCAAAUCGCCCAAAAGCUAUGCAUUAUUUCAAUCCACCUUCGUUCAUUGAAACAAUGAUGAACAUGUUUAAACCGUUUUUAAAGGAAAAAAUGGUUAAGAGGUUUCAUAUUCACAACACCAAAAACAUUAAUGAUAUGUAUGAAUUCUUCCCCAAAUCGAUUUUACCAGAGGAAUAUGGAGGAGAUGCUGGAAAAUUGCAAGAUAUUAUCAGUUAUUGGAAAAGUAAAGUCGAAAGCUACGCCGAGUGGUAUAAGGAAGACGAGAAAUACGGUACUGAUGAGUCUAAACGUCUUGGAAAACCAAAAACAUCAGCUGAUCUUUUUGGAAUCGAAGGUUCUUUUAGAAAACUUGAUGUUGAUUAAGUGAAAUUAAUAAAAUUAUUUUUUUACAACC